AUGGCCCAAGAUCCCCGAGUUCUGCUUCAAAAGGCCGACAAAGCCCUUUCCAGCGCCGGAGGUGGUUUCAGCUUCUUCGGUGGGCGAACCGAGAAGUACGAGAAUGCGGCCGAUCUGUAUACCCAAGCUGCCAAUGCUUUCCGGGUACAGAAGUUGAACAAGGAGGCCGGUCAAGCUUUCGAGAAAGCAGCUUCAAUCCAGACCCAACAUCUGAGCGAGCCCGAUGACGCCGCCAAUACUCUCCAGGAAGCUUUCAAGGUGUACCGCAAGACUGACCCGGAGGACGCUGCCCGUGUCCUCUCCAACGCCAUCAACCACUAUGUAUUGAAGGGAAAUCUGCGCCGCGCAGCCACACAGCAGCAGUAUCUCGCUGAGCUGUAUGAGGUGGAACUUGGCGACCCGAAGAAAGCGUUGGAGGCUUAUGAGAAAGCUGCGGAAUGGUUCGAGGCUGACAAUGCGGAGGCUCUCGCGAACAAGCACUUCCUGAAGGUAGCCGACCUUGCUGCCAUCGAAGGCGACUACUACAAAUCAAUCACCCUCUACGAGCGCAUUGCCCGUCAGUCCAUCAACAACACCUUGAUGAAAUGGUCUGUCAAGGAUUAUUUCCUCAAGGCAGGAAUCUGCCACCUUGCUACCAAGGAUAUUGUCGAAACCAACCGUGCCUACGACUCAUACCGUGAAAUCGACCCCACUUUCUCCUCAACCCGUGAACACCAGCUCCUUGUCGAUCUGCUUCAGGCCAUAGAAGCGGGCGACCAAGAUCAAUUUGCCGAUAAACUUUUCCAGUUUGACCAGCUGAGCAAGUUAGACAAGUGGAAGACUACUUUGCUGCUGCGCAUCAAGAACACCAUCGAGGAAGCGGAAGAGGACUUCUCCUAG